AUGACUCAUAGAGCCUACAAGCAGGCAGGCACAAGCCCAAACGACACCGCUUAUGUGGAGCGCAUGGUUGGAACCGGGACCACAGUUGGAGACAAAGUCGAGGCCACUGCUCUGAAUGAGAUCUUGUGCAAGGGAAGACAGAAUGGAAAUAUUCCGCUCGUCGGGAGCUCAAAAUCUAGCGUGGGACACACUGAGAGUGUGGCUGGAUCGGUGGGCCUGAUCAAGGCUGUAUUGAUCCUCGAGAAGAAAAUGAUACCUCCUAAUGCCAUGUUCAAGACAAUGAACAGCGAUAUUCCACUGGAAGCUUGGGGUAUAGAAGUGCUUAAAAGGAUGUUGAAGUGGCCCGAAAAUACCAUCCGGCGCGCUUCAGUGAACAGCUUUGGAUAUGGAGGUACAAACGCUCCUGUUAUCCUAGAGGCAGCCGACGAUUAUCUCGACAAUACAAUGCGCAUACGUUCACUGUGUGAAGACAUCGGAGAUUCACCGUGGUGGUGGCUUGCGUCAACAGUCUGUCAAGCGUCACACUCUAAAGACGAUGAAGCGUUGAGCAACAUUCAGAGGCGACUUGCCGAAAGAGAUGCUUUCCACCGCAAGUUGGCUGUGGAUGUGGCCUAUCACUCCCAUCAUAUGGAAUUGAUCCUAGAAGAGUACCUGCGCGCCAUACAAGACAUCAAGGUUUCACAAUGUGGGAAGCAUAUCAAAAUGGUCUCUUCCGUCACUGGGCAGGUUGUUCGAGGCGAGGAGCUCAAUGCGGCGUACUGGGGCACAAAUCUGACAUUCCCUGUCCUUUUCGAAGAUGUUCUAAUAGAAGUCUUCCGCACUGUGCGAGUCAAUCAAAAGCAAGGUAACUCACUUGCCGUUAUCGAGAUUGGUCCUCAUUCCGCCGUGGGAGGUCGUAUUAAACAGAUUAUCAAGAGCUUGAAACUCUCGGGAUCAAUCACCUAUCACUUGGUGCUUUCGCAGGGUCAAGAUACUAGCAGGACCACGGUAGGUCUAGCUGGAGAUCUCUUCAGUAAAGGAGCCACCAUCGAUUUCAGGGAAGUAAAUGAUCUUGAUGGCAGUGCGAGGAAGCGACUCUUAACAAAUUUGCCAACAUACAAUUGGCAUCACAAGACGACUCACUGGGUCGAGUCCCGCCGAAGUAUUCAAUAUCGGCAUAGGACCUUCCCUAAACAUGAUCUUUUGGGAGUACCUAGCAUCGACAGUAUACCCACUGAACCCACAUGGCGCCACUAUCUCCGGGUUGGGGAAUUACCUUGGCUCAAGGGACAUUGCAUUGGAGGACAAACCGUUUUUCCAGCUGCUGGUUAUAUUACCAUGGUUUUGGAAGCUCUAAAGCAACAAGUCCUCACACCAGAAUCUUCAGCUUCAUGGAAAGAGUUCCGAAUUCUCUCGGUGCCAGUCAACGGAGAAUCAACAGAGCAUAGCCGGGGUCUAGUGACUGUUAGCAAUCCUUCGCUUAACGAGCGCCAGCAAAGUAUCACAGAUCCUGAUUAUCUCGCGUUCGUUGAAGAAGCUGCCAAGAACAGUCAAGUCAUGCUCAUCCUGAAACAGCUAUACAAAGAACUCAAAGGCCUGGGCGUUGAGUACAGCGGCCCGUUCGAAGGCCAGUAA